GAGCAGAAGCCAGGAAUUCAUUCUCUUGAAGCCCUGAAAUCUGCAUCGCGUUCUCUUCUGAGACGACUGGAUGAUGUGGGACUACAGAGUCAGGGCCAGAAUAGCGAUAGUUCCUCCGAACUGGGCACCAGUGUGCCUCUUAUAAAUUCUAGCCUUCACCAAAUAGCCGCACUUAGUGGCAAACUUGCCGGCGACUGGCGACAGGAAAGGUGGGAAUUGGUAGCCAACGACGCCAACCAGAUGCUCUCCUACCUGCCUAGUCUGGUUAAUGAAGCUAUCAAGGCCAUGACUGGACUGAAUCGGAGUUGCGAUCAAGCUCAACUGCAGGGGUGCCUCAGGACGGUGUUGGAGGCGACCGAUGUGCUUUCAGACAAUCUUCUUAAUAGAAUACGGAAAUAUGCGGAUGAAGACAAGGAGGACACUGCAGCUCCGAUUUCGGAGCAUGCCGACCAACUCCGACAGGCAUGCCGCGAUCUACUGAACUGUGUUGAUGAAUUAUCAAUGAGGCAGGGAAGUCUGAACUCCCAGGUGGCCACAAUUCAUGCUGCCUGUGCAAAGGUAAGAUUAUUUCAGCUUAUUGUUGUUACCUGA